UCCCGCUCUUUUCAUCGAUUCUCAAGGAAAACAACUAUAGUUGACGAGAAGUCUUUCAGUAUACAGAUGAUGCGUCAGGUAACAAAGCUAAAGGUAUACGUGAGUUCCACAUUUCAGCUCCGCAGGAGCUGCGCUAACAAGCUUUUUUUUUGUAAAAUACAUGUAGAAAUAGGAUUUCUUUUAUUCUUAUUUUUUUUGUCAAUCUAUCGGGAAAAUUCCGAUUUCGUUUGACCUGAAAAAAAGCAGUAUAGUAAAUAAUUGAAUAUUCUCUAAUGAAGUUGCUAAUAUUUAAUUAUAUACAUAAAGAAAAAGUGAUUCUAUUAAAAUCAAUAUGAAUAUAAUGAAGAUUUUUUUCCUUUUUAUUAAUUCUUUUUAAUUAUUUUAUUUCUAUUAUUCAUGACUCGCUCUCUUACACUCUGUCUAUUAGUCGAUAAAAGAAUGUGAGAUUCCAAUGUUUUCUAUAUAUAUGCACACUCAUAAUUAGAUAUUUCAUAAGACUAAAAAAAAUUAAUUAUUUGUAACAGAUUGACUACCGUGAUCUAUUUCUCUUUCCAAGAAAAAAAGAACUUUAUUUAUUUGUAUAUUAAUGAUUUAUAAAUUAGGAUGACUUAAAUUUCAAUAGAUUCAUAGAACCUCUGAAAAUAUAUCAACUGUACUAAAAUCUUUUCCAAAGUCUUUUUUUCCUGAAGUCCAGUAAUUCAAAUAUAAGAUCAAAGAUUGUUGAAAAACAAAACCUUUUGUUUCUUCAACCAUGUAUCAGUAAAUUGAUAUUAUCUUUGUAGUACCAGACAAAAAAAAAACAUCUAUCAAUAGUUAUUUUAUAAUAAAUUAACCAACAAAGAAAAUCAAAAAGACAAGAAAACAAAAUAAAUAACUGUUUUUGAUAGCGCCACAUCCAUUAUCAAAAGAAAAAAUUGGAAAUGAGCCAAAACUUGGAACAAUGUUGAUGUUGCAAAAAUUCAAAUGAACUUUUCACUUUUUUCUCUUUAUACUCUCUCUCCCUUUCUCUUAUUUUAUCAUUUUAUUCUCUCCUUUCUCUCUCUUUCAGUCCAUCCAUUACGUGAAAGUUCCAUUGACAUUCAUCCAAAUGCUCGCUGGCAACAGAAUGGUCUCACUGUGGCUGAAGAAAAUGGAAAAGGCAAUGGAAUCAAUCAAUUCUACUACCCAUGUGGUUUGUAUGUGGAUGAUGAUCAAACAAUCUAUAUCGCUGAAUGGUCGAAUCACCGUAUUCUGGAAUGGAAAUGGGGUGCGACGAGUGGCCAAGUGGUUGCCGGUAGAAAUGGACAAGGAAGUGGGGAUCAUCAAUUGUAUAACCCAAUAGAUGUGAUUGUCGACAAAGAGACAGAUAGUCUCAUCAUCUCCGAUAAUUUGAAUAGAAGAGUGGUUCGAUGGCCUCGUCGAAAUGGGACAAGUGGAGAAACGAUCAUCUCGAAAAUCUCUUGUGUAGCUUUGACAAUGGACGUGAAUGGAUCUCUCUAUGUCAGUGACGAUAGAAAACAUGAAGUGAAAAGAUAUCGAAGAGGAGAAUCUCAAGGAACAGUGGUUGCAGGUGGCAAUGGAAAUGGAAAUGGAAAUCGUCUUGAUCAACUCUCUUUUCCACACUACGUAUUCGUCGAUCGAGAUCUUUCAGUAUACGUGUCUGAGUAUGGAAAUCAUCGUGUUAUGAAAUGGAUGGAAGGUGCAAAACAAGGUAUUGUCGUGGCUGGUGUUCAAGGAGAAGGAAAUGGUCUUACACAAUUGUCAUAUCCUGAAGGAGUCGUUGUCGAUCAGUUGGGCACUGUCUAUGUGGCUGAUGCUGAGAAUGAUCGAAUAAUGCGUUGCUCCAAAGGAGCCACACAGGGAAGUGUCAUUGUUGGUGGAAAUGGUAGAGGAGAACAAUCUAACCAACUCAAUCGACCCUUCGGUUUGUCAUUCGAUCGGCACGGUAAUCUCUAUGUCGUCGAUAACGGAAAUCAUCGAGUACAGAAAUUCAAUAUCGAAUUUGAUGGAUAG